CAUGCGCUAAAAGCGGAGUUUUCUGGCAGCUGUUAGUACAGUGAACUGCCGAUAGUGAUGUGGAUGAAAUAACGGUGUCUAGUCCACCAGCUUUGGAUGGGAAAUGGCAAGAUAAACCCAGUUGUUUUUCGUAGAUAUUUAAAUAUUGUAAUUGAGUGCGUCGCUUCUUAAAAGCCUGUUCUAUUUCUUUGCUUUGUUUACUUUACGGGGAGAAGCAACAGCAAGCUAGCGCUAGGCUAGGAAGGCUCGCUAACGUUAGCUAGCAGCGCUCGGCGUAGUUAACGCUCAGCUGCCCACACUUGCCAUCUUUUAUAAAAAGAGGUUUGCAAUCGACUUGAGAUGAUGAGCUAAAUUGAUGCUUUGAUUCAAACCAGCGCAGAUCAAACAACUGCAGAGGGAGAUGAGUCCACUUUGGCAGCGAGACAUAACCCUGUCAGAGAGUUUGGGGAAUGACUCUCCUGUCGGUUUCGCCCCAGGGCCCCCAGCCACUGUAGCCCCACAAGGAUCCAACUCCUCCUGGAUACCAGAAGCCCCAGUGGUCACACCAGAAGAGCCAAUUUUCCUCAUGACCCACACUGCCCAAACUAUAUCAGGUUUUUUUGUUUGGACAGCUCUUCUGAUCACAUGUCACCAGAUCUACAUGCACCUACGUUACUACAGCUCUCCAAAUGAGCAGAGGCACAUAGUUAGGAUCCUCUUCAUAGUCCCCAUCUAUGCCUUCGACUCCUGGCUCAGCCUUCUUUUCUUCACCAAUGAGGAGUAUUAUGUGUACUUUGACACAGUCAGAGACUGUUACGAAGCCUUUGUCAUCUACAACUUCCUGAGUCUUUGUUAUGAGUAUCUGGGAGGAGAGAGCGCCAUCAUGGCUGAGAUCAGAGGGAAACCUAUCGAGUCAAGCUGUAUGUACGGGACCUGUUGUCUGUGGGGCAAGACGUACUCCAUUGGUUUCCUCAGGUUUUGCAAACAGGCAACUCUCCAGUUCUGUGUGGUGAAACCCCUGAUGGCAGUUAUCACCGUCAUUCUUCAGGCCUUUGGGAAAUACAGAGAUGGAGACUUUAAUGUGGCUAGUGGCUACCUGUAUGUGACCAUUAUCUACAACAUCUCCGUCAGUCUGUCACUCUACGCUCUUUUCCUCUUCUACUUUGCCACACGUGAACUGCUUGUCCCAUACAACCCUGUGCUCAAGUUCUUCAUGGUCAAGUCAGUCAUUUUUCUCUCCUUCUGGCAAGGGAUGCUGCUGGCCAUCCUGGAGAAGUGCGGUGCCAUCCCUCAGAUCAGCUCGGCUGACUUCUCUGUGGGCGAGGGAACGGUUGCUGCUGGUUACCAAAACUUCAUCAUCUGCAUUGAGAUGUUCUUUGCUGCUGUUGCUUUGCGCCAUGCCUUUACAUACAAAGUCUAUAUGGAUAAAAGACUGGACUCAUAUGGCUCAUUUCCUAUCUAUGGACAGUACGGUCGCUGUGCCCCAAUGAAGAGCAUCUCCAGCAGCCUGAAGGAGACCAUGAAUCCAGGGGACAUGGUCCAGGAUGCCAUCCAUAACUUCUCCCCAGCUUAUCAGCAGUACACCCAGCAGUCCACACUGGAGCGAAGUGGGGGGCCACCCCUCUCCCGCAGUCACAGCAACCUCAGCACCCACGGGGACAAUGAAAAAACCCUGCUGCUCAGCUCUGACGACGAAUUCUGAGACUCAAACACACACUCAGAGGCUCCGUUUACUGCUGUAGCCCAAAUGGAAUUUUUAUCAACCAUGUGAGACAAAUCAGAUCUUUUGUUGCUACCUUAACAUGGAAGAUCAGAUUGUUGAUCUGUUGAUUUGAAGAUGUUUUCUUUUUUCUUUUUUUUUGUCAACAAAAGAUCAGAUUCAUGUCAGACUUAUGAAACUAUGGUUAACAGACUGUAGGAAGGGAUUGAGUGUUUUUACAAGGAAAAAGAGGAAUUGGUACAGUAGGAAAAGAGGGAGCAUGAAGAGGAUGGAGAAGUUACAAUAUAGUUAGGGAGAAGAGAAGUCGAGAUGUUUAGACAUUAAGGUUUGACUGGUCAAGUUGUCAUUUUUGUUGAUGUCAUAGAGGCCAUCACUGACAGAAAUACCAUAUUUGUAUUCAUCCAUUGAAUAUAGAUUGGUACAGAUAACCGUGCCUGCAUAUAGCAUCCUAAUUAUGCUGCACUUUAAACACCAUAGCAAAAAAGAUAUGACAGAUAUAAGGUGUAUGUUAGAGCAAAUAAGUGCCAUCUUCAUCUGAAACACAUGGCCUUCAUCUAUUCAUUUUUAUAUUGAUUCUCAGUCCAUACUCCCUACACCCCUCUGCCUAUUCUGCCUCUUACCGAAACAUUGCCAAAUAGAGGGAGCAGUACUCUGUGCUCCAGUUAAUGAGACACACUGUCUUAAGAUUUAGAAUUGAUUUAUAGUCAAGGAAAACUAAGGAGCCUUUGAAAUGCCUGGCUUCAUUUUAAUAUAUAAGAAUUUUAAUCACAAAUUCUUUUUUUAUUUAAAUGUUGUAUGACCUUGAAGGUAUAACUCAUUUAAGAAAUAGUUUGUUGGAAAAUUAUUAUUCCAGAAAUGUUUUAAAUAUUCUGUGUUUGUUUUCAUUUUGUUGUGGGUUCACUUGAACAAGUAACUCAAAAGUGUAAUUGUAUGACUUCAGCUGUUGGCCUGACUCAGGCUCCUCCCACAAUCUUGUUGUUUGUGGCGCACUGAGGACACAGCUGUAGGAGAGAUUUUAGUGUGGGCAGGGAGACUGACGGAAGGACAACACCCACACAGAUUACAGAUUACUGAAGAAGCAACAUGUCCCUGUAGAGCCGGCCCAGCUGUGAUGUGCUGUGGAUUGUAAUCCCAUAAUUAAGGGCAUUACAUGUAGCACAGAUCAGGCCUGCCUCUGCUGGUAUUGUUUGUAAUGGCAUCACUGCUAUAGUAGUUGUGAGUGAGUAAGAAUGCUGGAAAUUACAGUCAGAUAAGGCCAUGCAAAGAUAUGUCAGUGCAAACAAGGCUUUAAAUAUGACUGGACUCACAUCUGGAAAAGGAACAUAUGGGCAUUAAAAGUUGGUAUGCAAGAUGAUACAAUGUUCAGGUACAGAAAAAAACAUAAAGGAACGGGAACAGACUACAGCAGAAGACAGUGAUGCGUGGUAGGAAAAAAGCCUCAAGUGAGUCAAAACCUGUGUUAAUUGUUCAUACUUUAUCAACUGAUGUUUAAUAUGCGUUUUAGCAGGGGCCAGUAUAGAAGUUGCUUGUGGUCGUGAUCGUAAAUGUUUGAUGGAGGAGCAGAGCAGUAUAAAAGCUGAGUAGAUGCUUUUGACAGGUGACAUUAGGCACAGUGCUGCCUCUAAAUGUGCAAUCAUCGUUAUCCUCUUCUUUUUUUUUUUCAGAUUUUACAGAUUGACUCAAGUCUGUUGACUGCAGGUAAACAAACAGUACAGUCCUUGUGAGUAAUGAAUGUAGUCAGGAUGAAAAAUUAACAGCCAAAUCGAUGUGCAUCAAUCAACUUCCUUAUGAGAAAAUCAUAUUCAGUUAGCAGAAUAAUGAAAGUGUUUGUUGAAUUGUUCAAAUGUUGGUUUCCUGCUGUGACUGCUAACCCAUAACCACCUCCUACACUAAAGAAAUUAACGCAUCACUUUGCUAUACGUCGUUCCACCGAACCUGUAGUGCUUCAGUUAAAGGCAAGGUUGAGUGAAUUUGUUCUAUUAAUGUAACAUUAACUUAGUGGUAUUGGAAAAAGUGAAAUUUACUGCCUUAUACUCUGCCCCAAUGUAACAGCAUAUCAAACUCAAGCAUCUUGAUACAAAACACUAUCAAAUGAUAGUUUUGACUGUGUGAUGUAAAAGCUGGAUGUUAAUGCUGCAUAUAUUAAACCAGGAAAUAUUAUACCAGAAAGGAAAGAAUUUUGUAAAUAGAUACUAAGCACUGCGAAACAUUCAUGAUGAUGACUGUAAUGGCAUUGCUUGGUAUAGUGCUUUAGUUUAAUAUUUUAAUUUUCAUAUAUUCUCCUGCUUUAUUUCUGUUGUAUACUUUUUAAUUUGUAUAUUGGUAAUAUUAUCUCAUGUUUUGAUGCUCUAUUGGUUUCUAUUGGUGUUAAAUAAAAAAUAAAUGCAACACAA